UUAGAACGUAAACUUGUGAGCAUGCGCGAUCACGAUCUCUCUUGAACGGUCACCGUCGCUGUUAGAAAAAGGUUGCGGAAUCCUUCCCUAAAAUAUCACACAAAAAUGCUUUCCAGAGCUGCUAUUCGCGCAAAUGGAGCCAACACUAUUUCUAGAGCUGUCAGACAGUUCUCUUCAUCUUCACAGCGGCAGUCAAAGGUUGCAAUCCUUGGUGCAGCUGGGGGAAUAGGCCAGCCAAUGUCUUUGCUAUUGAAACAAUCUCCGUUGAUCAGCCAUCUCGCUUUGUAUGACAUCGUCAACACCCCAGGAGUUGCUGCUGAUUUGAGCCACAUUUCCACCCGUGCAAAGGUUACAAGUCACCAAGGGCCAGAUGAUUUGAAAGCUGCUCUUGAGGGAUGCUCUGUAGUGGCAAUUCCCGCUGGUGUGCCAAGAAAACCUGGAAUGACUCGUGAUGAUCUCUUCAACACCAAUGCUUCCAUAGUCAAAAAUCUUUCGGAGGCUUGUGCAAAGCACUGCCCCAAGGCUAUCAUCUGCAUCAUCUCAAAUCCUGUCAACUCAACAGUCCCUAUUGCAAGUGAAGUCUACAAAAAGGCGGGAGUGUAUGACCCAGGAAGAAUUCUUGGUGUUACAACCCUUGACAUUGUGCGUGCUCAUACAUUUGUUGCUGAAGCUAAGGGCCUGGAUGUGAAUAUUGUUAAGAUCCCAGUCAUUGGUGGUCACUCUGGAGUCACCAUUCUGCCUCUUCUCUCUCAGACCACACCAUGUGUGAAUUUUACUCAGGACGACCUUGAGAAGUUGACAGAUAGAAUUCAAAACGCUGGCACUGAGGUCGUCAAUGCAAAGGCUGGAGCUGGAUCUGCAACCUUGUCUAUGGCGUAUGCUGGAAAGGAGUUUGUACAUUCUGUUAUUGAGGCUUUAAAUGGCAAGAAGGAUGUGGUGCAGUGUGCUUUUAUCAAGUCUCACCUGACCGAGGCUGGUUAUUUUGCUACUCCAGUUCUACUGGGAACAAAUGGUGUUGAGAAGAAUCUAGGAAUGGGAAAGCUCUCAGAUUAUGAACAAAAGAAGAUGGGAGAGGUCAUUCCAGAGUUAUUGAAGAACAUCAAGAAAGGAGAAGACUUUGUAAACCAAUAAUUACUCUAUAAUCUCUUCUGGUGUCCUUAAGCUUUAGUAAAGCUAUAGCUAUGCUUUUAUUAAUAUACAGUGUUUUAGAAGACACAGAAUUGUAAAUUAAUUCAGAAUUUUAUUGGAUGCCAUUCUAACUCUGUCCUUAUCUGUGUAUCUAGUAAAACAUCAUUAUAAAAA